GUCAGCACAACAUAACAGAGUGUCUCGCAAAUUCACGUAACUAGCGAGAGCGUAACAAUGGUAAAAUGGCGAGUAGACGUUCUAUUUUGGCUACCACAAUAGACUCUAUACCUUCUACCUCAAGUGAUCCUUUGAGGGAAUUGUUCGAAGCGUGUAAGACAGGUGAUAUUGUACGAGUAAAGAAGUUGGUGACGCCGCAAACAGUCAAUGCUCGCGACACAGCUGGAAGAAAGUCGACUCCAUUGCAUUUUGCAGCAGGCUAUGGUCGCCGAGAUGUGGUGGAGUUCUUAUUGGCUGCAGGAGCAUCCAUACAAGCACGUGAUGAUGGUGGCCUCCAUCCUUUGCAUAAUGCAUGCUCAUUUGGACAUGCUGAUGUCGUGAGACUGUUGUUAGAAGCAGGUGCAAAUCCAAAUACGCGAGACAACUGGAAUUACACUCCUCUUCAUGAGGCAGCAAUUAAGGGAAAAGUGGAUGUCUGUAUUGCACUACUGCAGCAUGGGGCAGAUGCUUCAAUCCGUAAUACAGAAGGUAAAACUGCAUUGGAGCUUGCUGAUAGUGCAACGAGACCUGUACUCACGGGAGACUACCAUAAGGAAGAACUUCUGGAAGCAGCACGCUCAGGUGCCGAGGAUCGGCUUUUAGCAUUGCUCAAUCCGUUAAAUGUUAACUGCCAUGCCAGUGAUGGCCGACGUUCAACACCCCUCCACCUAGCUGCUGGUUACAAUCGAGGACGUGUAGUUCAACUUUUACUGCAGAAUGGAGCUGAUGUGCAUGCCAAGGAUAAAGGUGGCCUUGUACCAUUGCACAAUGCUUGCUCUUAUGGGCAUUUUGAAGUAACAGAAAUGCUCAUAAAACAUGGGGCAAAUGUUAAUGCAAUGGAUCUCUGGCAGUUCACUCCAUUACAUGAAGCUGCAUCUAAGUCUCGUGUAGAAGUCUGCUCCCUGCUCCUUAGUGAAGGAGCUGAUCCGACACUCCUGAACUGCCACUCAAAAUCUGCUAUUGAUGUAGCUCCUACAAGAGAACUUCAGGAACGACUAUCUUAUGAGUUUAAAGGUCAUUGCUUACUAGAAGCAGCGAGGCAAGCAGACCCAGCUAAGGUGAAGAAGUAUUUAAGUCCAGAUGUUGUCAACUUCAAACAUCCUUACACUGGUGAUACACCUCUUCAUUGUGCUGUUGCUUCACCUUAUCCUAAAAGAAAGCAAGUCAUGGAGACACUUAUUCGGAAAGGAGCUCAUCUGAAUGAAAAGAAUAAAGACUUUCUUACUCCAUUGCAUAUAGCAGCUGACAACUCACAUUAUGAUGUAUUAGGCGCACUGCUAAGCCAUGGAGCAAAAAUUAAUGCCGUCGAUGGAUUAGGACAGACAGCUCUUCACCGAUGCGCACGUGAUGAUAAUCUUCAAGCUUGCCGCAUUUUAUUGUCGUAUAAUGUUGACCCAAACAUUGUUUCCUUACAAGGAUAUACUGCUACACAGGUUGCUACGGAGAAUGUUCUUAAAAUUUUACAAGACCCUCCAUCAGGAAGCGCUGAUGUGGAAUGUCAGCUUCUGGAAGCAGCCAAGGCAGGAAACACAGACCAAGUACAAAGGCUUUUAACUUCCUAUCCACAUAUCGUCAAUUGCAGAGAUCUGGAUGGCAGUUCUUCAUUUAACAGGCAUUCUACGCCUCUCCAUUUUGCUGCUGGCUACAACAGAGUGGCUGUGGUGGAAUAUUUACUGGCACAUGGAGCAGAUGUCCAUGCUAAAGAUAAGGGGGGACUCGUUCCGUUACACAAUGCUUGUUCGUAUGGUCAUUAUGAAGUGACUGAACUGCUUGUGAAGCAUGGAGCUAGUGUAAAUGUUGCGGAUUUGUGGAAGUUCACACCUCUACAUGAGGCUGCAGCUAAAGGCAAAUACGACAUAGUACGACUUCUGCUCAAGCAUGGUGCCGAUGCUAGCAAGAAGAAUAGAGAUGGUGCAACUCCUCUGGAUCUAGUGCGUGAGGGUGAUCAAGAUGUGGCAGACCUUUUAAGAGGUAAUGCAGCAUUGCUAGAUGCUGCCAAAAAGGGCAACUUGGCACGGGUCCAAAGGCUUGUCUCGUCAGAGAAUAUAAAUUGUAGAGAUGCUCAGGGACGAAAUUCCACACCACUCCAUUUGGCAGCUGGCUAUAACAAUCUGGAGGUAGCAGAAUUUCUUCUGGACCAUGGAGCUGAUGUUAAUGCUCAGGAUAAAGGUGGUCUCAUUCCAUUACAUAAUGCAUCCUCUUAUGGUCACCUAGAGAUUGCAGCACUUCUUAUUAAGUUUAAUACUGUUGUUAAUGCAACAGAUAAAUGGGGCUUCACACCUCUACAUGAGGCUGCACAAAAAGGGCGCACUCAGUUAUGUGCUUUACUGCUGGCACAUGGGGCCGAUCCUUUUCUGAAGAAUCAGGAAAGUCAAACACCAUUGGACUUGGCAUCUGCUGAAGACGUGCGAUGUCUGUUGCAGGAUGCAAUGGCAUCCCAACAAAAUGUUCCUACAGUACCUGCAUCUGCGCCUCCAUCCCGUCCUCCCUCCAUAGCUAUGGGACCAACAUCUACACCCCUUGCAGUUGCAUUGUCUCCUCCAGCACCUACAGAGACUGUGAUAAUGCCCUCGGGUGCAUCCAUGACACUUUGUAUCCCCAUGUCACGGGGUUGUCUUUCGCCGAUGCCUAAUGCUGAAGGUUGUUGUUCUGCUGAAACUGUCAAACAGGAAGGACUGUCACAAGAUAUUGGGUCAAUAACAACAGUUGCAGGAUUCUUACAAAGUCUUGGAUUAGAACAUCUCCUCGAGUUGUUUGAACGGGAGCAGAUAACUCUUGACAUUCUGGCUGAAAUGGGUCAUGAAGAUCUCAAACAAGUUGGUGUAAGUGCUUAUGGGUACAGGCACAAACUUAUUAAAGGGAUUGAUAAGCUGUGUGCGAGUGCUGGGUCACUGUGGAUGACUCCUUCAAAUCCUGGCACUCUAUUGGUUGAUCUUCUAGUUGAAGACAAAGAAUUUCUAGCUGUUGAAGAAGAGAUGCAGUCAACAAUUAGGGAACACAGAGAUAAUGGUCAUUCUGGUGGAGUUUUUUGUAGAUAUAAUAUUGUCAGGAUUCAGAAAGUGCAGAAUAGAAAGCUCUGGGAGAGAUAUUCACAUCGACGGCAAGAGGUGGCUGAAGAAAAUGUGAAUCAGCCUAAUGAACGAAUGCUUUUUCAUGGAUCACCGUUCAUAAAUGCAAUUGUACAAAAGGGCUUUGAUGAGCGACAUGCCUACAUUGGAGGCAUGUUUGGUGCAGGCAUUUAUUUUGCUGAACACUCCUCAAAAAGCAAUCAGUAUGUUUAUGGGAUUGGAGGUGGUAUUGGAUGUCCAGUACACAAAGACAGAUCCUGUUAUAUUUGCCACAGGCAUUUGUUGCUGUGCAGAGUUACUUUAGGGAAGUCAUUCCUCCAAUUUAGUGCAAUGAAAAUGGCCCAUGCACCACCUGGUCACCACUCUGUAAUGGGACGACCCAGUGCUGGUGGUCUGACGUUUCCUGAGUACGUUGUGUACAGGGGAGAACAGGCUUAUCCGGAAUAUCUCAUCACUUACCAAAUUGUGAAACCAGAGGAGAGCCCAACAAGUGGAGAACUAGAGAGCAGAUGAUUGGUGACUCUGGCAGGCAGUGGGCCAGUUCCCACUCCCUCUGAGACAAGGCCCCAGGACUGUUGCUGCAAUGGUGGCGAGCUGUUGCAGUUUGCCCUGCAUUGCUUGCACUGGCUGUCUGUGGCACAGCCACCUAGCAUAUGCAAGACUGAUGACUGGAAUGACGCAGACCAGUGGCCCACUUAGUGUGCUGUUGAUCAUGCUACAGACAUUCUUACAAUCCCAGCAGUAUUUCUCUAACAUUGCCAUUAUUUAAAGGAAGGGGAAAUUUAUAUUAUGGUUGUUACCAAAAAUAUAAAUUAAGGAACUGAGAUACUAGUGUUAUUAUUUGUUUUAAAAGUCCUUUUGAUAUAUUCCUUGUUCAAAAUAGUGAGCUUUCAGAUCACUAUUGGUCACAGAUAACAAUACAUGAGACUUGUACAGGAUUUAGAAAUCUAAAAGGAGGAAACAAAUAGCAAAUAUAUUUCUCAUUUAUGCUGGUUAGUUUAGUGAUGUCCCAAGAUUUAAUUACUCACUCCAUUAAGAGAGGGGUGUAGUAUUUGUGUUUUAUUUGUCACUCAUGGUGAACACUGCAGUGGAAAACUAUCAGCCACCAUACAUGCACAGAAAUACUUAAUGUGCAAGCCAUAAUUUAAAGGUCUCGCUACUUUUAGAUUUAACAGAAUGAUGCAGUUGGCUGAUACAUCAUGUGGUGCAUUAAAACACACCUUAUGUGCUCAUCUCUUCUGUCCUGAUUUCAACCAGGUAUUGUUUUUUGUGCUAAAUGUUAGCACAAGGCAAUUAAACAUAGGUCUCUGUUAUAUUUAUCAGUAACCUUGCUGAACAUGAUGACAUUCAUCUCAUGGCUGUGAAAAUUGUGCAGUUCUAUUAGCACCAUGACAGCCAAAGACUGCCCAUCAGCUUUAGUGAAUGUGUGCACUCUGGAAGUAGUCCCCAGAGACAGUGCCUUGUAUGUGAGUAAAGUGUAAUGUCCUUUUGUAUAAGAAGUUGAUGAAGUGUAUCAUGAGAUGUGCUUUCCUGAAUGAAUGCGAACAAGCAGAACAAUACUGAAUAAACGAAUCCUCCAAAGGAACUGACUCGAAUCAGAGCACAAUGCCAUCUUCCGAGUGUGUGAACUCCCCUACUGAUAUACCAGUAUCAGGAACAUUCCCAUAUAGCUCCCACAUUUUUAUGCUGUAAUGUGAUAAAAGUAAAUGACUGUUCAUGCCAAAUCUUAAUUAAUGAAUAUUACGUAUUGGAAAUGGAUCACGAAUCAAGUGAACAGAAAUUUCACCUCAAGAAGUGUCCCAUGUCAUGGUGUGGUAUUGUUGAUGCCUUUACAAAAGUAAAGCUGUCAUCAGCUUGAAUGUUUGUUUGCGCACUGGCACACUUAACUAGACAUGCCAUUAUUGGAAGUGGUAUGCUCUUGUCUUUCUCCAGCCUUUGAACUGACUUACUCAGCCAGUUGUAUGGGACCUUACAGUUUGAUUUGGCCUUCAAACCAUGCUGCAACUUGGCAUUUUUUCAUGUUUGCAAAUAAUUGCUGGAAGUGAAAUGAGAAUCCUAGAAUUGCCUGGGGAAUGAACCCUGGACAUUUGGAUUGCUUUUCUGGCACUGAGCCAAGUUAACAUCUUUAUGUAGCUAAAAUAUUUGAGAACUUAUAUGACAGCACUGACAGAAGAGUCUGUAGCAAUCUCUUAAUAUUUGUGCAGGAUUCAUAGACUCCCAUCAAGUGUCUUUUUACAUAGUUAUGUUACUACUUGUGUUGCUGUUUUAUAUGUUCUUAUAUUAUUGGAUAUAAUAAAAAUGUUUUCAUGCCGAACCCUAUAUUUAAAGAAAUGCAGUUUCUAUCAAAUAACUCAUUGUGCUGUAUGAGGUGUGUGUUGUCAGUCAUGUUCCUUCCAUUUUUCUGGUGUUAACCCGCUUUAGCAAAUUGCAUCAUUUUGAAUUGAUAUUGAUUGUAUUAAACUAAUGAUUUGCAACAGUGAACACAGCCGUAUAAACCAGAGAGAUACCUAAUGCCAGUAAUAAGAAAAUUAAAUUAGUAGCUACCUAGUAGAUAAAGUUACCAGUGACACAUUCCCAGUAUAGUGCAGAUGUGGUGAAAUAACAUUUAACAUUAAAACACUUGACACAAAAAAAUACGUAACACAAAAUAAUAUUGCAGUCCCAAUAAAAGAUUUGUAAUGUCAUAUUAUUUUUCUUUUAAAAUGACACAAAAGAUUUUUUCCUUCUUAAACAAUCUGCCAGGCUCUGCCCCUUUUUUCUCUUGUACUGAGAAGAAGGGGGAAAAAAAAGUUUGUGACUGUUUCUGUUACCACUUGGCUUUGGUUAUUGAUGGUACUUUUCCAAAAGCCAAUAAUAUAUAGAUUUUUAGUGUCUAGUAUGUACCUAUAAGAGUAAUCUCCAGCAGAAAAUCGAACUGCUGUACUGUAAUAACAUUUGAUGAAGUCGAAACUGCAAUGUUCUUACAGUAUUUGUAGCCCCUGGUCUUUGUGUUCAGUGUUCAACACACAAAAUCUUUCAGACUCAACAGAUUUUUCCCCCCUCCAAUUAACCUGCUAGUUAUUUGACUACUUAGUUAGUAGACCAAUCCAUUUUCUGAAUUCUAUGUAUGAACUUCUCGGGAGAAAUUGACAUACAUUCUGGAUUUUAAAUAUACUUUUUCAUGCAAGCGGAUUCCGGCAGAUGACUGCUGUUGGGAUGUAUGCUGACAAUGGCCACCUCUGAUCGCACAGUUAAUAUCACACCUGUUGUGAAAUGCUGAAGUGGCUGAGAGUAGAUAUGAAAUACAGAGAGGUGAGAAAAUUAGUACAAAGUACUGUUCAUCAUUAUAAUGUUGGACUGCAUUCGGCGCACACUUAGACCAUCUCCAAAACUCCAGCAGUGGAAUGACUAUCCCCCUCUAAUUUCAGACAGCUGUUUGAGUAUUCAAAAUAACAACAUGCAAAAUGAUGUCUUCCCUGUGAUGCAAAAAUACUUGAACAGAAAUUCAUUAAAUAAAUUACAAUAAAAAAUAGCCAUAUUGGUGCAAUAAGUGUUUGACAAAUUGGUGCUUAUGUACAUUAGUAGCUGGGUUUCUACAUUUGUGUAAAUAAAAGGAUUUUCAUUCGCA